AUUUUGUUCAAGUCCAGGGGCAAUUGCGCGAAUUAUGACCCUUCAGGCAUUCCAUACAUACAUGGUGUGGAUCUCCAGCGCUGUUUCUCUCUCCGAUUGCAAUGGAACCCAACCGAAACCAUCUGUGCCCUGAACCAGGAAGAUCCUCUAGUCCUUCUUCUAGAACACAAAAGGUUUCCAAAGGACAAGAAGCUAGAAGCAGUCAAAGGGCUAGAUUUAUAGUGACUCCUUUCCACAAGUCCCCCAUUAUUAGUAACGAUGCUGCUUUGCAGAGAAAACCUGCUGAAGCAGCUCCUGGGAAAGCGCUGUCAUCUCGGAGAGGCCUAUUUCUGGCCACAGCUGGACAGCUGACUGCUACAGCUGUUGGAGAACGUUCUCCUCAAGCUGCUGCCACUGCUGCUGCCACUGCUGAAAACUCAAAGGAACUGGUUCCAUCUUCGGGUUCAGCACAGGGGACGCAAAUGGAAAUGGCACAGUCAGGUUCUCUUAGCAAGACUGCUGGAAAAAACGCACCAAGGUCUACUCCAAAGGACACCAUGACAUCUCAACCACCAUCCACCUCAGAGCCUCCGCCAAACCACACAGGCAAAGGGAGGAAUGUGUCCACCUUGGUCAAAGCUCAGAUGGUUGGGAAGAAGAAGAAGAGGAAAAUGGGAACAUACAGUCUGGUCCCAAAAAAGAAGGUGAAGACUGUUAAACAACCGGAGAAGAGAGAAAAGCCAAAAGCAGGCUUGAAGAAGAAUCAUCCUGCAGUAACUGAGCCAGAGACGCUAAACGCUGGAGUAGAGACAGCUAAGGUGAAGGGGAAAAUGUCUUUAGAAGACCGGCAUGUUGAAUACACAGAGGUGGCUUUGGACUGUCUAGACCUGAAAGCUCAGGAAGAGCUUCUCUCUCCUUCUCUUUCAGGAGAGGCUGAGGAGAAGGAAACAGACCUGUCAGAGGAGCUGCCGCUGUGUUGUUGUCGCAUGGAGACUCCGAACAACGGAGGGAGCUUUUCUAUACACAAUCAGUCCUGCAUGGCCAUGGAGAGCUCAGAUGGAAUGCUGAGUCGUUGCCAGAGGCCCGUGAUGAAGCCAGAAUUAAUGCGGCCCUCAAACACAGUCCAUCUGCUGGUUUUGUGCGAGGAUCACCGAGCCGGCAUGGUCAAGCAUCAGUGCUGCCCUGGCUGUGGAUUAUUCUGCAGGGUGGGUUCCUUCAUGGAGUGCAGGCCAUAUGGUAAUAUUUCCCACCGCUUUCAUCGUGACUGUGCCUCCAUACUGAACGAUCGCAGAUUUUGCCCCCACUGUGGGGAGGAUGCCAGUGGGGCGAUGGAGGUCACGCUUUCAAAUCCUGAUCUGUCACCCUUAGUACCCAGAUCAAAUCCUGGACCUUUACUUCCUGUUGUCGCCACUCUGCCUUCGGGCCUAACUACACCCGCUGUCCCUCAGAUACUGAAGGCAAAGAAGAGCAGCCAGCCACACAGAAGUAGGGAUGAGAGCCAGACAAGGUUAAAGGGAGAAGAUGUACAUCCUAAAAAGUCUCUGGAGACCAUCCUCAUGUCACUGGAUGAUGAGAACAUGAAACGGAAGAAAGUGAAAGGCCCCACCAGGCAGCUAUACGUAUCUGCAAAGCAAGGAGACCUCCAGAUGGUCAUUCAGCUUCUCGUUGAUGGGAAGGACCCCAACUUUUUGAUGGAGGGACACAACAAACGCACCGCACUUCAUGCAGCAGCUGCUGAGGGUCAUCAGGAGAUCUGCCACAUGCUGGUCCAGGCUGGAGCCAACCUGGACAUGUUUGAUGAGGAGCACAGAACACCGCUGAUUGCAGCCUGCGAAAACAACCAUCUGGACACAGUGAAGUACCUGGUCAGAGCCGGAGCUACAGUUGGUCACAAGGAUAUCAUGGGUUUUACCUGUCUGCAUCUGGCUGCUAAACUGGGACAUUAUGAUGUUGUCCAUCAUCUGCUCAACAAGGCAUCCAAAUACAUCAACUGUCAGGAUAAUGGGGGGUGGACUCCCAUCACCUGGGCCAUUGAACACAAGCACAAAGAGCUGGUUCAUCUGUUUCUGAAGAAAGGGGCUGAUGUUAACAUCAGAGACAAGGAAGAAAAUGUCUGUCUGCACUGGGCAGCUCUGUCGGGGUGUGAUGACAUCGCUCAGGCCCUGUUGGAGGCUGGAUGCGACCUGAACGCCAUCAGCAUUCACGGGGACACACCGCUUCAUAUCGCUGCCAGAGAGAACCACCUACAGUGUGUCAUGUUGUUUUUGUCUCAUGGGGCGGAUGUAUCUCAGAAGAACAAGGAAGGUGACACCGCUCUGGAGCUCAGUGUGAGUGGCUCAAAGGUGUGGACAGCGCUCAACACCAACAAGAAGCUUACUGAUGCCAGGAGAGAAAGAGACUGUCAAGGAGAGAGACAGCUCAGCAGGGAUAUUUCCCGGGGAUAUGAGGCAGUUCCUAUCAGCUGUGUUAAUGGCGUUGAUAGUGAACCAUGUCCUGAGAACUUUAAAUAUAUACCAGACAAUUGUCUCAGCUCACCACUGAACAUAGACAAGGACAUCACCCAUCUUCAGCACUGUAGCUGUACAGACGACUGCUCAUCGAGCUCCUGUAGGUGUGGUCAGCUCAGCCUGCGAUGCUGGUAUGACAGCGAGGGUCGGCUACCAUUGGACUUCUGUCAGUGGGAGCCUCCAGUGCUGUUUGAGUGUAAUCAUGCCUGCUCCUGCUGGAGGACCUGUAGGAACCGUGUGAUACAGAAUGGACUCAGGGUCCGUCUGCAGCUCUACAAGACAGAGAAGAUGGGCUGGGGAGUGAGGGCCUUGCAAGAAAUACCUCAAGGAACAUUUAUUUGCGAGUACGUAGGAGAGAUCAUCAGUAAUGCUGAGGCUGACAAACGAGAGAACGACUCUUUCCUCUUCACUCUGGACAACAAGGUAGGGGAGCCCUACUGCAUUGAUGCAAGGCUCUUUGGCAACAUCGGCCGCUUCAUCAACCAUCUUUGUGAGCCCAACCUGAUAGCUGUGAGGGUGUUCACCAUACACCAAGAUCAGCGCUUCCCAAAAAUAGCCUUCUUCUCAAGUAGACUCAUCAAAGCUGGAGAGCAGAUAGGGAUUGACUAUGGUGACAACUACUGGAGGGUGAAAAGCAAGUACUUCAGCUGCCUGUGUGGUUCUCUGAAGUGCCACCACUCAGCUGCAGGCAGAUAGAAGCUGAUUCAUUCUGUCCAAAUCAACACAUUCUGUACCAGUCAGAAGUACAAAAUUAUGUACCAACCUUGGUUUGGCUUGGUAAAACACAUAACAUGGUUUUAGGAUUAAUCUCUGUUCCUAGUUUACACAGAGCAAGUUCAUUUCUGCGAAAACCAUAAGAUGUAACUUAUUUUGUGCUCUGACAAUACUGCAGUUUUAUUUAGGUUGCACUAAAGUUCUGUGCUGUUCAUGAAGUUUUAUCUUUUUAAUGAGGUCUUAUUUUGGGUCAUGUGACUUAUUUCAUUGUUCUUUGUGCUGCAUCUAAUGAAACAAACUUUUUAACAUUUAUCAUACAACACCAGAUGUGCCUGGAGACAUUGAUAUUAAAUCAAACCGAUGGAAGUGUAUCAUCUUCCACACCCUGAAAACCUUUGAGCGAGGGUUAUCAAAACUGGUCCAUGAUGCCUGCUGUCUCAACAUGUUUGUGUCUGCUUUCAGCACACUUGAUUUAAAUGAAGAAGUUGCCAUUGAUAUUUAAUGAGUCGUCAACAUGCAAGAAAAUAACAGGGAAAUUUUAACUCGUUGCUGUUCAACCAAGGUCGUUCUGUCAUGGAGUUUUUGUUGACCUUUCCAAAUUUUUGUCUGUAACUUAUUUUGAUUAUGACUGCAUUCUAAAAGAUGGAGAUUUUAAUAUUCAAAAAUGAUAUAAAUGUUAGAAGAGAAACAGAGCUCUUGAACAUUCCUGUUGUGAUUAUGGUUGAUGAUGUUCCAUCUGAAACAACAAAGGGAAAAAAAAUCAUGUUAGAGAAAUGCAACAGAAGUCAGAGCUCAAAGCAUAGAUUAACUUUUCUCCACCUGAAUUCAGAUGAACAACAGAUUCAUUUUCACAAAUAAAAUGUCUUCAUGACUGUAAUCUGGAGUUUAAAAGAGAGUUAUAUUUUUCUGACAUCAUCAAUAAAAACAAUAAUCAGCUGAUUCUGAUUCUGAAUAAUGUGCUUGCACCUUAUUUACUAUUGCUGACAGGCUGACUAAUCCCUUCCAUGACUUGGCAUUGAGCAGCAGGUAAAUCCACCAAUGGUAAAAUAUGUCUCCUGAGCCUUCCAAAGCAUUUUGACAUCUUAGAUUAUUUUAAUGCCAUGAAUUAUGCAUCUGCAAAUGAAACUGUUAACAGCAUAAUUUCCAUGAGUUUUCUAUAAUAUGUUCUUAGUGGUUAUGUACUUGAAAUACUGAAAAUGGUAAAUGCUUCCCUUAAAUCAGGCCAUUUUAUGCAGGGCCUGAAAACUGCAGCGAUCAACCUUUUUUUUAAAAGGAAGCUUUAAUAAUAAUACUUAUUAUGGCAUCAUAUCUAACCUAACAUUUUUGACCAGGGUAAUUGAAAAGGAAGUUUAUAACGAAACAAAACGAAUGUACUCCUUUUUGAUAAGAAAAACAUUCUCUUAUCCUUUUGAAUCAGGUUUUUACGCUUCAAAACCCAGACUACACUGCUAAAGGUUCUGAAUGACAUACAUGUCAAUAAUGAUGCAUCAGAAUCUCAUUUAACAGACAGGAAUUACUUUGUGUCAUUUGGUAAUUAUAAAUCAGAGCAAACAAAUCUAUGCUGAUGACGACAACUUCAUGUGUCUGUGUCAACAUGUGCUCAUAGUCCAUUACAGUCACUGAGUCAGUAUGUCCAAGUUAUCCAUGAGUGGAUACGUCAGAAUUUCCUCUACCUUCCUCUCGACGCAGAAAAGGCAGAAGCUGUUUUUGUUCCUAAAAUUGCAAGUCAAAACUAAGGUAAACUCAAUAGUAGACUCAGUAAGCCUAAAGACCCCAGAUUAAGCAAAUAACCUAGACCUAUUGUGGACUAAUUUAAACAACUAAAGUCUAUAAGUAAAUCAGCCUACUACCAUCCUUAUAUGUCAGAAUAAAGGGCUUCCUUUCAAAAACAUGACAGAAACAUUUACUCAUGUUUUUGUUUUACAUAUGUAAGAUUAUUAUCAUGGUGUCUAUAUAGGUCUUUGUAAAAAUCCAUCAAGCGGCUGCAGCUUAUCCACAAUGCUGUUACCAGGGUCCUGACCAACACCAGAAAAUGUCCUCACUUUUCACCAGUCCUUAAAUCACUACUCUGGCAUCCUCUUUGUAAAAGGAUAGACUUUAAAAGCUUGUUGAUAAUCUAGAUGGCACUGAAUGGUCUUUGGCCUAAAUACAAUUUGGUGUUACUGGUCAGGUGUGAACCACAUAUGUCAUCAAAGACCCACUCUGGGUUUCGGAGGAUGAGAACAUCAUCUAGUUUCUAAGCUCCUCCACUCUGGAACUCCCUGAAAACCCGGGAUGCAGAAACUGUUGGCUUUCUUUGAAUUAGGACUGAAAACAUUACUGUGUACUGCAGCUUACUCUGAAAGGUCAAAUAUUCUUAUUUCUAUCAUGUCUAAGCCAUUUAUGUGCCUAAAUGUUGACCUAUUAACAUACCUUUAUGUGAUUUUUCAUUUGCCAUUUUUUCUUUAUGUAUUUUGUCUACUUUUAUCUCCAUCUUUGUUCUUCCUGCAGGCACUUUGAAUUACACUGUGUAUGUAUGGUGGUAUACAAAGAAACUUGCCUUGUCUUGUGUUGAGACAAGAACUCAUCAGAACCUUGCAGGAUAGAGGGUACUAAGCCCUCUAUCCUAGGCUUAUAGCAGUGGUAAACACUGCUAUAAGAAAACAGGUGUAAGCACCCAACUGUCUCAUUCGCUUUCACUGGAAAAUAAAACAAGCUUAUUCACACAAA